AUACAAUAAACUUUUUUAUAAUAAACUAUAGAUACAAUCGGUGAAAUAUGUUACUUUUUCGCAGCAAAAGCUUACCGUGCACAUCGUCCAUGGUUAACGAUGCUCUCUAGGUGGGUCCCUCAGAUGACGUUGGCUUUGUUGAGAAGAAAAUGCGAAUGGUACCCAAACUGUGCGAGUUUGCGGCGGUUUUCAUCGAUGCCCAAAGCUCCCAUAGACAUGGCCGUAAGAGAUGGGGAACUGAGGCUCUUCCUCGUUGCCGGCGAAGUUUCUGGCGAUUCCAUUGCUUCUCGUCUCAUGGCAAAGCUUAAACUUCUCUCCCCUUUCCCUCUUCGCUUCGCUGGCGUUGGUGGGGCUAAGAUGGCCAGUGAAGGGUUGCAAUCUGUGUUUCCUAUUGAGGAUAUCUCGGUAAUGGGACUUUGGGAGCUAUUGCCACAUUUGAAUAGAAUCAGAGUAAAACUGCAAGAAACAGUAGAAGCAGCUGCUCUAUUUGAGCCUCACGUUGUAUUAACUAUUGAUUCUAAGGGAUUUUCUUUCCGGUUCUUGAAACAGCUAAGAGCUAGAUACAGGCAGCAAAAGUGGCAUUUGCCAGUACACUUUCACUAUGUAGCACCAUCAUUUUGGGCAUGGAAGGGAGGUGAAGCGAGACUCGGAGGACUAGCAGAAUUUGUGGAUCAUCUUUUGUGCAUACUUCCGAAUGAGGACAAAAUAUGUAGAUUAAAUGGAUUGUCUGCAACAUUUAUUGGACACCCAGUGCUGGAAGAUGUUCUGGAAUUGAAUUUGAGAAACAAAUCCUCAGUUCAUGAAUGGAAGGCUGAAGGAAAUGGUGAAGACUUCCGAACUAAACAUGCAGUGCCCUCAGGGGCCACUGUCAUUAGCUUGCUUCCUGGAAGCAGAGUACAAGAAGUCAGCCGGAUGCUUCCCAUCUUUUCAAACACAGUGGAACUGAUGAAAGACAUGGUUCCACAAUUGCUGACGGUCAUUCAUGUUGCGCCUAAUGAGCACGUGGAAAAUUUCAUUGCUGGUGCCAUUCAUAGAUGGCCUGUGCCUGUAGUAUUGGUUCCAGGUGGAACAACACAACUGAGAUAUGAUGCUUUUAGUGCAAGUAGAGUUGCGUUAUGCACAUCUGGGACUGUUGCUGUUGAGUUGCAGCUUGCACGAUUACCUUGUGUUGUGGCAUAUCGUGCCCAUAUUUUGACAGAAUGGUUUAUUCAGUACAAAGCAAAGAUACAAUACAUUUCACUUCCGAAUAUUCUUUUGAACUCAGCCAUUAUUCCUGAAGCACUCUUUCAAUCUUGCAAACCGGCAAACCUAGCCUUGUUGCUCAAAGAUUUAAUACACGACAGCGGCUGUCGAGAAGAACAAAUAAUUGCAGCCCAGAAGUUUGUCAAGCUUCUAUUGCCUUCAGAGAGAAUGAAGUACAAACUUCCACAACAAAAUUCGAGUACAUAUACUGACUACAGCCCAAGUGCAGUUGCAGCAUUGACUGUAUUAAACUAUGGGAAGUAAAUGACUAAUAUCUAAGGACAUUUGUUCUGCAAAAAUAUUUAUUGUCACUCGUUAUUUAAGUAUUAUUAUUAUUAAUUUAAUUAACCAAUAAAAAGAGUAUUUUACAUAAAAAUGAUUUAAAGAGGAGUGACAAUAGGCAUUUAACUUGCAAUAGACUCUCCCUUUUUCUAUGAUGGCUCUGGCAUUGAAUUUUUUCACUACUAAGGUUGAAGGUUUGAAGCUGGAGACAGUUAAUACAUAGACAACAUAAACAUGGAUUUGCUAUGUUAUGUGUUAAACAAGCAGUCUGACAUGCAAAUCAGUUACUUGCUAACAUCGGAAGAAAUAUGUUCUUUUUAUAGCUAACUGAUAAAAGUGGCUCUCAAAAGAGAAGAAUCUAUUUAGAGAUAAUCAUCAGUUGUAAAAGCACUGCACUGAAUUUUGCUUCAAUAGUCUCAAAUAUUCCUUCUAUUGCUGCUACUGUGCUUGCAUUGAUUCACAGGAGUACAAUCUUUUUUUAUGAAAUUGUUAUUAUCUACUUUUAU